UUUCUCUCUUUCUAUAAAUAUCGUAUUUAUAUUGCAAAUAUUUCCUUAUUAUGAGUAAAAUAUACAUGUGCAAAGCUUUGUAAAAUAUGCAAUGUUAAAAACGAAAUUUUUCGUUAAUGGAAAAAUGAUUGCAUGCAUGGGCAAGUAAGACAAAUGAUUCGAGGUCGAUACUUGUGGGUCAGAUUUGUUUUGUAACAACAGAUGUAACAUCGAUGUUUUGGAAUCACGUUCGAUGCGUAGACCGAGAUUCCGCUUUCUAGAAAAGGAUUUCUUCAUUGAAAUAACGAGACGGCGUUGUGCGAGUCUCGGCGAGGUCUUUUCGAAGGCGUAUUGUAACUAUAAAAAAUCCACGUGCCACGUUUUAGAUCGACGUCAUCGCACGUUAAGAUGAAAUGUUACCUUAUCAGGAACUGUACUCGUUUCCUGUCCACCGGACAGCACACGCCGAAGGUAUGCAUUGUCGGUUCAGGUCCGGCAGGUUUUUAUGCAGCCCAACAGUUAUUAAAGAGUUCUGGCGAUGUGAGAGUCGAUAUAUUGGAGAAGCUACCUGUUCCCUUUGGUCUGGUGCGCUUCGGGGUUGCUCCGGAUCAUCCAGAAGUGAAAAAUGUCAUCAAUACGUUCCAUAAAACCGCGACCAAUCCACGUGUUCAAUUUCUAGGCAACGUUAAUGUUGGCACGGAUAUUACUAUUGAUCAAUUACGUAAUUUUUAUCAUGCUGUAUUAUUGACUUAUGGCGCCCAAAAAGACCGACUGCUCAAUAUACCAGGUGAACACUUAAACAAUGUGAUAUCAGGUCGACGUUUCGUUGGUUGGUACAAUGGAAUUCCAGCUGACAAGGACUUGGACAUUAAUUUAGACAUGGAGGAAGUGAUUGUUCUAGGUCAAGGCAACGUAGCUAUAGAUAUCACGAGAAUUCUUUUAACACCUAUCGAUAAACUUAAGAACACUGACAUCACAUCGUUCGCCCUGGAACGUUUAUCUCAUAGUAGAGUGCGAAAAGUCUCUAUGGUUGGACGCAGAGGACCUUUGCAGGCCGCUUUCACGAUCGCGGAACUGCGCGAACUCCUCAAGUUGGAGAACUGCAAGAAUCUUUGGCGACUGCAAGAUUUCACGGGUGUACGAGAUAUCGUGCCAACCUUAGCUAGACCGCGAAAACGACUCACGGAACUCAUGUUGAAAUCUUUAGAAGAAUCUGUGAGCGACUCGACGCAGACUAAAGAGCUAAAUCCGAUCUUUCUGCGAAGUCCCGUCGAAUUCCAUGGCGAUGAUGAUUUACAGAGCAUUAGAUUCGCAGUGAAUCGUCUGCAAGGAGAUGCAUUUCAAGAUCAGGUGGCCGAAGCCACCAACGAAUUCGAGACGAUCUCGUGUGGCUUGGCUGUGCGUAGCAUCGGUUACAAGUCCGUUCAAAUAGAUAGUUCGAUUCCAUUUGAUGGGAAGAAAGGACGCGUGAUGAAUAAGGACGGUAAGGUUGACGCCAAUCUCUACAGCGCUGGAUGGGCGGCCACUGGACCGGUCGGCGUUAUUUUAUUAACUAUGACGAACGCUUUUCAAGUCGGUAGUUUGGUGUGCAACGAACUGAUUUCCUCGACUGAGAAUAAAGCGGGUUCAAACGGUGUGCGCGAUAUCUUGAAUGCCAAAGGAAUCCAGAUCGUAUCUUAUGAGGACUGGCAAAAGAUUGAUCGUGUUGAACAAGACCGUGGUAAACAAUUGGGAAAACCGCGGGAAAAAAUUGUGGAUGUGAUAGAAAUGCUUAACAUUGCUGCGAAGUGAAUAACUUGAAAAAUAAAGGAUGUUUUAAAAAAUUAAGUAUGAAAAACCUGUUUUUUAUUGUAUGCACUUAUAAAAAAUCGAAAAUUAUACACAAAUAUAUGCAUAUUUAUAUAAAAAAUACGUUUUUCAUAGCUAGGUUGUCUAAAAGAUUAAGACAUUUCUUUUAUAUAUUGAGCUUUUAUUUUCUGAAACGUGUUAAAAUAUUUCAUGUGCCUAAUUUUUGCGUUCAUAUUUCGGAAGAGUCGAUAUAAUAAAAAUUAUAUAGACCUAACUGUACAAUUGAUAUUGUAAAGGAUACAAUCGAUUUAAGAUUUGAGAAGAUCAAUUUCAAUAAUCUUAAUUUGAAACCACUUCUGCAUAAUAAAUCUCUAUUAAAAUUGU